UUUGGCACUUAGCUGUUUCUCUCUAUGAGUUUAUCCUCUUUUAUGCUGUGUGGGCUUCGUGCCUGUGUGGUCACAGAACACUGACAAGUGCUAAAAGCAAAGUGUCGGUGAGUAAAAACAGAUGGGGGCACAGUUGCCCUUUCUGAUAAGGAAAAUGAAUUCCUCCCACAAGACAGCCCAAGUUCACAAGACAACACUGGUAAAUCAAAUAAAACAGAUUUAUUGGUUAAUAAAAUCAUAAAAAAAUCUAAUAAAACACCGAUUUCAACAAAAUGCAUAAAAAUAAAAUGCAAAGAUUUAACAUAUACUUGAAAUAAGUUGAAGGCUUGUCUGAAACUUCAAGCAGGUCUAGUUUAUAUUGCUGUGUCUCUACAGUAAAGUGAUAAAAUAUUUUUCUGCUUGAUCAUAAUACUGUUUUGUAUCCCUGUAACAGACAUACACGCAUUUCAAACCAUUAUGUACAAGACAGUACUGAUAUUUUACAGACCAGAGAAGCGUUUUUAGUAAAACUUAGUUCUCUAGAGAAUUAAUCAACUUGGUUUUCUUUGCAAAAGAUUUCAGUUAGUGACAGAGACCUAAUAGUUUUGGCCGUCUUGUCUGGUCCGGGGUACAGGUCCAUGAGCAAAUCCAGGCUGUUUAAAACCGAAUGUAAACGACCUUUUCUGCUCUUUUAUCACAAAUCACUUCUUAUGCUUAUCCCUGGCAUCCUGCUCCUUCCUGUCUCUCUCACAAGUACCUCUGUCAUCGUGGAGAGGGGUGGGUCAUUAGGCACAAAUGGGGAGGAGAGAGCAGCUUGUGGUUGCUAUCACCAUGAAAGUCAGGGCAAAGCUCAGAGUCACUGAGAGAUAGUGCGAGGAUAGCACUGGGGAAUAUCUGCACAGGGAAUACAGUAUGUUUUCAGACCAUUAGGUUGAAUAAACAAAUGGAUUUGUGCGAAAGACACAAAGAGCUGUGGACUUCAAAGAAAACCAUUGGAAAAUGUAUGGAGCUUACUUGAGUACAACUCUUAUUGGGCACUGUGGUGGAGAAGCAGUUUUGUGCUAAGAGACAGUAAAGAAGAAGAUGGGGAACGCCAUGCGAAGUGUUGUCGCUUUGAUUCCCUCAGAGCGAUGUCAGCGUUUCUUACUGGGAGAUCUGAAGGAGAUGCCUCUGGAUCGGACCCUGGACCUGAGUAGUCGGCAGUUACGUCGGCUGCCUGCCGCUGCCUGCGUCUUCAACGAGCUGGUGAAGCUCUACCUGAGUGACAACAACCUCAGUACCUUACCUGCAGAGCUCCAGGAACUGAAGAAGCUGCAGCUGCUGGCCCUCGAUUUCAACUGUUUUGAGGAGCUUCCUGUUGCUGUCUGCAGAUUGCCACAGCUUAGUAUCCUCUACCUAGGCAACAACAGGCUUUACCAACUCCCCAGUGAACUGAGAGAACUUAAGGAACUUAAUACUUUGUGGCUAGAGACUAAUUGCUUCACUGUUUUCCCUGAAGUGGUCUGUAAGCUUUCCAAUCUGAAGACCCUGCACCUCGGAUAUAACCAAAUACACAGAAUACCAGACGAACUUAAAGCACUGCAAGAACUCAGAAGCAUCUGGCUCGCUGGCAACCAACUUGCAGAAUUCCCACCAGUCUUGUUGGAAAUGCACUUUCUAGCAGUUGUUGAUGUAGAUCGCAACAAAAUACGUAAAUUCCCAGGCCUGUCUCACAUGCAAGGAUUGAAACUUAUCAUAUAUGACCACAACCCCUGUGUUAACGCCCCAGCUGUGGGUGAAGGAGUUAAGAGAGUGGGACGCUGGGCAGACAGCUCCAAUGACGAACAGGAGGAUGAUGGAUCAAAGGCAGCAAGUGAGACUACACCUGAGGAUGUAGCAGUACCGUCCGAGGAGAAGGUUAAUAUUUAGGGUCAAAUUGACCUUCAGCUGUGGUAGAGGCCUCCUCACACAUAAUGGCGUUCACAUUGAGCACUUAUGGCAGAGGGCUGUGUUGUACAUCAGGCUGAUAGUGUUUGGUCCAUACAUGGUAAAGACAGUCACAUGAGCUAUGAUGCUGGAGAAUACAUUGAGUAGAGAAGUUUUGACUGUGUAAAAAUAUUUUUAAUCUAUAAAUAAAAUGAUUUGUUCAAAUUUAAUUAAAUAGUCCAUGUUGAACUUUAUAUAUAUACAUAUAUAUGUAUAUAAUAUAAAUAUUUGCCAGUCAUAUUAAAAAAGUGUCAAUAUUAUUAUAUCAUUGUAGGAGCCAGUCAUUAAAUUACACAUUAUAUUUAUUUGUUUAAAACUUUAAAAGCAAAGUCCUAGUUUAUGUUCAGUAUUCAGCAAAAGUUAAAAAACAAACACUGGUUUGUUUGUCGAGGAACAAAGAAUAUAACUCAUGCAUGCGGCUGUGGGCUAGGGCUUCUGUUCAGUUCCAGAAAAACCUGAUGUAGAAUUUGAUCAUUUAAAUCAACAAAGGAAGGGGAGUGGCUCUUGUUCCAACAAUCUGAGAUAAUAUCAGUACCUGCUGAGGCUAAAUGUGAGGUUUUUAAUACAAUUGAUGGAUGGUCCUGGUCAAUUAGUGCACUCCUUAUCCAGACCAAUGCAUAAUUCAUCUGACAGAUUGGGGCCGUGGCUUUGAAUAAAAGCUGGUAGUGGGUUUUAAUAUCAUGCCAUAAAAUCCUGGUUUAAAGCGGAUGAUAAAUGCAGUUUAUUCCACACAGCUCAAAAGACAGACAUGGUCUUAGACAAUGUGACAAUUUGCACAUUGGGAUCAUUACAAAAAAUGGUUAAAUACAGUUAUUUAACCAGAAAUAGUAUAUAACAUAUACUCAGUGAAAUAUUACAACCUUCUUUCUAUAUUAUUUCACUAAUAAAACUUAGUUUGUCAGAGAAUAUAUGAUAUUAUCAAAACAUGUAACUGUCUUUAGCUAUAAUCUGUAAUUUUUAUUUUACAGUUGGUUCACAUUAUAAUAUUCCUGACUGAAUUUCAAGUACUGUAGUAUUAUAGGCAAACUGUCACCUGUUAGAAGCUAAACAUUUUUGGUUUAAUUUUUUUGGAGCAGAUUAUUUGCAUUUAUACAAUAUAUGUGCUGGGAAACAUUUAUCAUCAAAAAUGUACAACAAAUUUGCUUUAUAAUCUAUUUUAUCAACUUCAAUGAAAUAAAAUGAAAAUGACAAAGAGUUUUUUUAUAUUCUCCAUUUAAAUGUAAACACUUUCUUCCCUAACAUUCUUUUCUUAUGGAAAUUGGAAGGAUUUUCCUGUUUGGAGUACAGAAAAACAUGUUUUGCAAGGUGGGUUUACCAGCACUCCCCAUGACCCUGAAGGUAGAUGUUUGAGGAUCUGUAUUCUCAUAGAAUUGCAAGCACACAUGUUUAAAUGUUUAUUCCAAUACCAGUGCAUUAAUAACAGCCAAUCAGUAAUAUCACAGGCAACAAGCUGAAUAUUCUGAAAGACAGUAUAGGAAGAACAAGUGUCUCACUUCAAUAUUAUGCGAGUUACACAUGGUCAUCCAAUAACAUAUGUGCUGUAUGUUCCCAAAUGUUAAAUACAAACAUGUUUAAAUAAACAAAAUGUUCAUUAACAAACAUCUUAAAAGUUAAAUCUAAAAUACUUUGGUUCAUCCUUCUUGUAAUUAAAACACAAAAAAAUCCAAAUUAUACAUUAUUAAAUUAGAUGAUUAUGACCCUCAAAUAAAAUGAGUCUCACAAGUCUUGUGUGAGUCAUGAACAUUAACAUAGCUACCACACCGAGACAAACCCUCUCUCUGUGCUAGAUGGAAAAAAUGAAGUCAAUGCAACUACUUUCUCAUAUCCCUAAGGCUCAACCAUUAGAACACUGUACAGUUAUUAGAAUUGUUGCCCUAGAAAAAGAAAUCACAUGCAUAUGCUUUUUCUGGAAAUUCACAUGCAAAAAAAAAGGCUACAUUUAUUCUUGAGAGGGCACUAAAUAAGAUUCAUUAUUGAUGCUGAUUUCAAUGCUAGACAUGGUGUGUCUCAGACACUGAAGGCUAUGAGACAGGAGUCACCUGACACAAACAACACACAACCUGCUCCGCUGACUUAGCAAGGCAAUCAAAUAUAUGUAACCAUGCUCCUUAUGUGGUAGAGGAAAGUACUUUGAUGCCAGGGACACAUACACAGAGAAGGUAAGCAUGACACAUCAUCAUCCAAGGUCACAAUACUGCAGAAUAAGACAAGGCUGGAAUGUAAUGAUACAUGAUAUAAAGAAAAAAAAAAAAAA